AUGGCCGGAAGUAGGGAGCAUGUAAUAUCCGUGGAGGAGUUGCUGUCGAGAAAGGUUAAUUUUGUCGCAACAGAAGCUGGUGAAACAAGCAGGGGAGGUGACAUUUCCGGCCUGCAGAUGCGGACCAUUGAACUCCAAGAUCAGGAAGCCUGCGAGCUGAAAAAGGAUUUUGAGAAACUGAGGGAAGCAGGAGAUCAUCUGAGGCUUAAUACGCCAAAUGGAGGUCAAAAGGCUAUACCAAAAAUACAAAAGGUUCCGCUGUUGCUGAGAGAUCGUAAACAUUUCAACAAGUAUUUUAAGCCAAGGAUUGUAGCACUCGGGCCUAUCCAUCAUGGUAAGAAAAAAUACAAGCCAUCGGAGGAGUACAAGCUUAUAAUGACAAACUGCUUCGUCAUGGAAAGUGGUAAAGUUGAUGAGGCUUUGUACAAAGUAGUUAAGAACAACAUUAAGCAACUGAGGCAGUGUUUCCACCAGAAGGUGACGGAGAAAUAUAGCGAUCAGGCCCUAGCCUGGAUGCUCUUUGUGGACGGGUGUACAAUAUUACAGUCCAUACAUUGUGUUGUUACCAGUGCAUGCAAAGAUUGGAUAAUGAAAUACGAUGAUCUGAUGGUCUUUGGGACGCAAGACUUGUUCUUGUUGGAGAAUCAACUUCCUUAUCAACUCCUUGAAGAUUUGAUGAAUUCCAGCGCAAAUAAAGGUAAAUUGGAGGAGUCCAUCAAUGAAUUCAUGUAUUCGCAGAUAUUGAGCGGUAAGGCGAAGCCGAGCAUGGAUAAAUCAGGGAUUACGGAAAAGCCGAUCCAUCUUCUCGAUCUCCUCCGGACGCUAAUCAUAGGAAAAUCCAACGUUGAGGACGACGGCGCUGCGGCACGACUUCGCAGUAAAUUGCCGUCGUACAGGUAUCGCAACUUGGAGGAACUUCGAUCAGCAGGAAUCCAUGUGAAGAAAGGUGAUGAUCCCUUGACAACAAUAACUUUUAAGAAAUCACACAAUAUCAACUUCUGGUCGGCAUACCUCUUCCUUUCUCCAAUAAAGGUUGAUGACUCAAUGGGGCCCAAGUUCAUGAACUUGAUAGCCUACGAGAUGUGUACGGAUUUCUACAAGAAGUUGGAGAUCACCUCAUACAUAUUAUUCCUGUAUUCACUCAUUGAUAACGUCAAAGACGUAGUGAAGUUGAGGAAUGAGGGAAUAAUCAUUAACCUCCUUGGUAGCGACGAAGAAGUGGCUCGACUCUUCAAUGAGAUUGGCACCGACUUGAUUCCUGACCCCGACGCAUAUGGGGAAGUCAAAGAUGCCAUUCAGAAACACUACGAUUCUAAGUUGAAGUCCUGGAUUUCUGAAGCCCGUCACGAACAUUGCAGAACUCCCUGGACGAUUCUGGCUAUUUCGGCAGCCGUAAUAGUACUCGGCCUAACUUUUGUACAGACAUGGUUCGCAUUCAAAGAAGACAUGACAGGUAAUUCCCGACCCCGAGUUCGGCACUAG